CCCGAGACCCUCAUCGCCCUUCCAGAACGGGACCCGCCCCUCCCCCUUCCCGGAGCGCGACCCCGCCCUGCCACCCGCGAGGCCUGUGGCGACUGGGUCCGUUGGGGCAGAACCAUGGAGGAAAAGCCUUUCAAACAUAAUGCUCUCCAGGUCCAUCCAUGCUGUCGCUAAGGGCGACGGCCAAGUCUCUGAGCCCCCAUGACUUAGUCAGGUCCAGCUCCAAGAGCGACAUCCGGAACCUGUGGACCAAGGCCACGCUGUCGCAGCCCAAGCUGAACUUGCAGCUGACCAACGUUUACGAGGACUCGGACCAGGAGGACAGCGGCGGGAGCAGGAGGGCCGGCCAGUGGUACAAGCAGAAGACCGACGACUCCGAGAGCGGCUGGGAGCGCUGGAGUGAGAGGAACACGGAAGGCGGCAUCUGGCAGGAGGAACUCGGUGGCCACUCCUCGGAGCUGGAGCAGAGCCCCAGGGGCUCCCAGAGAAACGAUGUAGAAGGGGUCGUGGAUUUCGGGAGCAAGAUGGACUUGGCUUCCUCGGUGUCAUCACUCAACAUCUUGAAGCACACACACCACCGAGCCUACUGGGUGGAGCAGCAGAACAGGCUGCCACUGCCCCUGGUGGAACUCAUGGAGAAUGAAGCUCUGGAAAUCCUCACCAAAGCUCUCCAGAGCUACCGGUCGGCGAUCGGCAGGGAUCACUUCCUGACCAGGCAGCUGCAGCGAUAUAUCGAGGGUCUCAAGAAGCGGCGGAACAGGAGGCAACACGUCUCCGCGCACUGAGAGCACCGCCUCCGGCUCGAGUGACUGCCCAACUCCAGCCCGGUCCGUGUCCCGCGCGGAGACCCAAACCCGACCCUAUCCAUAUGGAAUUUGAACCCUAGAGAAAUAAAAGUCUGUGCAAGGUCUGCGA